AUGGGCCGCGCGGCGCUCGGGCGCCUCCAGCUGCUGCUCCAGCUGCUCGCCUGGCUCUGCCUGGCACGCCCGGCCGGUGGCCUCUUUGUCACGGACUAUUUCACCCGGACGCCCCGCAAGCUGAACCCCUUCCGUUCCUUCACUAGCAUUGAGCUCUUCCAUUUCCGCAUCCCCGAGGACACGGUGGUGGCCGUCUGGAACCUCAUCACCUUCAAAGAACAGGGUGGCACCUUUGGGGACCAGUGCCCAGACCGAAGCAUCACCGUGUAUUUCCGCUCUGGGGCGCCCCCUGUCAUUAACCCUCUGCGCACCCAUUUCCCCCGGGACACGGCUGUGCCAGGCUCCUUCGCCCUCACUCUCACCUGGACCCUGCCAAACAGGACCACAGGGGUCUUCAACAUCACCAGUCCCCUGCCUGGGGACUGGUUCCUGGCGGCCCACUUGCCCAAAGAACAGGGCAAGAUCUCUGUCAAGGGUCUUGCUGAGGACUGCCAGUACCUCUUCCAGCCCCAGCUCAUCGUCCAGCGCCUGGUGGGUGUCGGGGUGCUGUACCCUGGCUAUGUGACUGAGCACGUCCUGUCCCCCCACAACCGGUCCCUGCUGUACAAGGUCUUUGUCCCCAGCUUCAUCUCCAGGGUGCUGGUGCAGCUGAGAAACUGCCGCGGAGCCAACCAGAGUGUGGAGGGCUGCCCGCUGUGGCUGAGAGUGCGAGGCAAGGCUGCCCCCCUGCACAACUCCACCGCCGCAGACUGCUGGGGGCGCGCGAGCUGCCGCCUGGCCCUGGACCUCCCCUUCUGGCAGAACUGGUACUAUGUCCUGGUCGAGAAGCACCUGGGCCUGGCCAGCAGCAUCAACUUCCAGUUAGUGGUGCAGCUGAAGGACUGCUCUCGCACAGGCCUGGCUCGCUCCCUCUUCCAGAUGCCUGGCUCCAAUCUGAACAUGCCUCACUCCUUUGGCUCCCCCGGGGGGCUGGCCUCAGCAGAUGUCCCGCUCCCCUCCCUUCCAAACGGCACCCAGCACCUGGCUCCCUCAGCGCCCACCCCGACACCCGCCGCCAGCGAACGGUGCUGGCCCAUCCGGCCCACCCUGCGCAAUGAGCUGGACACCUUCUCUGUCCACUUCUACAUCUUCUUUGGCCCCAACGUCUCCGUGCCCCCCAGCCGGCCGGCCAUCUUUGCCAUCCACCUUCUGCCAGUGCUUGACAGCGGAGGUGCCCUCAACCUGGAGCUCAAGCUGAAUGUGUCCUCCCUGCGGGGGGAGAAUGCAACAGUUUUUGCAUGCUUGAACCACGAGGUCCCUUUGGCAUCCGAAGAGAACUCAUCGGUCACCUGCGAGACAGAGCUGCUGGCGGGAUACCUUCUGUCCAUCAAUGCCACUGCCCCCCUGGCCCGGUUGCGGAUCCCGUACCCACAGACCGGGAGCUGGUACCUGAGUCUACGCUUGCUCUGUGCCACGGAGCGUGGGCUGGAGCCAUGUGGGAAUGUGUCAGUGGCCGAGGUAUACCUGCGGACCUACCUCUCCCCCUGCAUCAACGACUGUGGCCCCUACGGCCAGUGCAAACUGCUGCGCACCAACAAUUACCUGUAUGCUGCUUGCGAGUGCAAAGCUGGCUGGAGCGGCUGGGGCUGCACCGACAACACAGCUGCCUUCUCUUACGGGUUCCAGCUACUCUCCACACUGCUCCUCUGCCUGAGCAACCUCAUGUUUGUCCCACCAGUGGUGAUUGCCGUGCGGAGCAACUACAUCCUGGAGGCCGCUGUCUAUAUCUUCACCAUGUUCUUCUCCACGUUCUACCAUGCCUGUGACCAGCCAGGCAUUGUGGUCUUUUGCAUCAUGGAUUAUGACGUGCUGCAGUUCUGUGACUUCUUGGGGUCCCUCAUGUCCGUCUGGGUCACCGUCAUUGCCAUGGCCCGGCUCCAGCCGGUUGUUAAACAGGUGCUGUACCUCCUGGGCGCCAUGCUACUCUCCAUGGCUCUGCAGCUGGACCGACAUGGCCUCUGGAACCUGCUGGGACCCAGCCUCUUUGCCUUAGGGAUCAUGGCCGUUGCUUGGACUGCCCGGAGCAUCCGCCGCAGACACUGUUACCCGCCCACGUGGCAGCGCUGGACCUUCUACCUGCUGCCCGGAGCGCUGAUCGCGGCAUCGGCAGUGCUGCUGUAUGCUUUUGUAGAGACAGAGGAGAACUACUUCUACAUCCACAGCAUCUGGCACAUGCUCAUUGCGGGCAGCGUGGGCUUCUUGCUGCCUCCUCGCGCCAAGCCUGACGCCACCAGCCUCACAGGGCCGCUGCCUCGCCGGAAAGGCUGCGGCUACCAGCUCUGCAUUAAUGAGCAGGAGGAGCUGGGACUGGUGGACCCCAGCACUGGAGCCUCUGUCACCAGUGUCUGCACGAGCUGA